GGCACGACUGGGGUGCGUGGGCGUGGCGCCGCGCAGUGCAAGCUGGGAGCUGUAGUUGUCCCCCGCGGCGGUGCCGUGCCGGAGCCGCCAUGCCGGAGGGGACGGGAGCGCUCCGGGAGGUGCUGCCCAAGCAAGGGCAGCUGUCGAUGGAGGACACGCCCGCCAUGGUGCUGUGCAAGCCCAAGAUCCUGCCCCUCAAGUCGGUGUCGCUGGAGAAGCUGGAGAAGCUGCAGAAGGCGGCGCUGGAGGCGGCCCAGCCGCCCGAGUCGGCCCCGCCGCCGUCCGCGGGGGCCGCGUCGCCCCGGCAGUAGCGCGGGAGGGUCGUGCCCGGCCGCAGCCGCGAUCGGAGUAUAGCUGACAGUUUUCCACUGUUACCUACAUGGACCAUUGUGACACCUGGAUCUUCCAGACUGGUGCUGCACUGAUUUCUACCAAGCAAAUCAGGAAACCAGAAGAGAGGCAGCCUUUGUCCUCUGGGGAGCACUGAGGGGUGCUGCCUGGGAUUCACAGGAGGCUGCCUUUCCCCAAGUAUUUCCCAGCCUCAAGGUUUCACAUCAGUGCAGAUUCUUAAUACACGUUUUACCAGUCCAA